GCCGGUGACUUUGCCUCUCUCCCUCUGCCAGGGACCUCAGAGGGGGCGGACACUCAGCCCCCGCCCAGCCCCUGACACCCGGAGCCACGUCUGAAUGAGGUUCAUUGUGAGCAGAGAGAGGAGAGAGCACUGGUGGCAGCCAUGGUCAGGAUGCGAUUUAAUGCCUCGGUGGCUACCGGACUCUUGUUGCUUCAGACGGUAUUCCUGCUCGUUCUGUACUCUAGACAGAACAUAUCUCUAUCAAGGAUGGAGGACAAGGAAAAAGUCCACCUACUCAUUCUCUCCUCCUGGAGGUCGGGGUCGUCCUUUGUUGGCCAAAUCUUCAGCCAGCAUCCAGACGUGUUCUACUUAAUGGAACCUGCUUGGCAUGUGUGGGUGUCAAUGUUCCAGAACAGUGCUAAAGUUCUUCACAUGGCAGUCAGAGACCUGGUGCGGUCUGUGUUUCUGUGUGACAUGUCCGUGUUUGAUGCCUACAUGCCAAGGGAGCGCAAUGUUUCUUCCCUGUUCCAGUGGGCCACCAGCAGGGCGCUGUGCACAGCGCCGGCCUGCAACUUCUUUGGCCGCGAUGAAAUCACGAACGAGUCGUCUUGUAGGACCCUAUGUGGGAAAUACCCCUUUGACAAUGUGGAACAGGCGUGCAAUAUCUACAGUCACGUCGUUAUAAAGGAGGUCCGCUUCUUUGACUUGAAGGUCCUCUAUCCUCUCCUCACCGAUCCUUCACUGAACUUAAGGAUAAUCCAUCUGGUGCGGGAUCCAAGAGCCGUGGUCAAAUCCCGGGAACAGUCAAUGAAGGCUUUGAUCAGAGACAAUGGGAUCGUCCUCAACACAAAUGGAACCAAAGUAGACGACAGCAAGUAUGAAGUCAUCCAACAGAUCUGCCGAAGUCACGUGCAGAUGUUCGAAACGGCCACCUUGAAGGCUCCCAGCUUCCUUAAAGACCGGUACAUGUUGGUCAGGUACGAAGACGUGGUCCGAGACCCUUUGAGGGAAAUCAAGCAAAUGUAUCAUUUUGCUCAUUUACAACUGACGGACAAGCUUAGGAAAUGGAUCCACGAGAUCACGCAUGGGCGAAGCCCCGGAAACAAGAAGGAAGCCUUCCUGAUAACGUCUCGCAACGCCUUUAACGUGUCUCAAGCCUGGAGGAAAGUGCUUCCCUUUGAGAAAGUGAAGACGAUCCAAGACGUUUGCAAAGGGGCCAUGAACAUGCUUGGUUACCUCCCUGUAGAGUCAGCGGCGGAACAGGAAAACUUGUCCAUGGAUGUCGUUGUACCCAGGAAACACUACCAAUUCAGCUGGCUAUAACCUAAACAUAACAAGGGAACUUGGCACUUUUCAAGGCUUUAAUAUUUUUGUUAUUUAUUAAAUUUCCUUCUGUGAACUGUGAAAGCAAAAAGUGUACAUAACAAUGGGAACUUUUUUAUUGA